AUGCCGCGACACGUGAGCGACGAUGACGAGCCCCUCGAGGACAAGACGGCGGCUUUGACGCUGCACAACAAGCGGACGGAGCGCAUGCAGCGCAAGAAGGUGACGCGCGACAAGAAGCGUGACGCCAUCGUCAACCUUACCAAGCUGCCCACAGAACUCCUCCUCGAAAGCUUGAAAUACCUCGAGCCGCGAGACGUCUUUCAAUUCAGCUUUGUCAACCGCCGCUUUCUCAACCUCGUCAACGCGAACUCGAGUGUCAUUGGCGAUGCAAUCAUCGCCAGCCGCUACACAAUCCUCGUCCAAUGCUUCCCAACGCCAAAGCUGCUGUCCGACGUCGAGCCCUCAAUCCGCCCAAUCCUUACCGACGCGAAUCGACAAACCCAGCUCGGCAUACACAAACGUCCAUACCAGCACAUACAGUCGCCCGACGCCCAGCAGCUAUGCACGUGUUUGACAUGCAUUCUCACGUGGAACAACCUGAGUCUGGUGCUAGACUUUGCUCAUUGGCAGGACAAUCUGGACACAGGGAAGCCAAUUCCUAUGAUUCCACGAGGACAGGCGCCCGAGUGGAAUCAGGGGCUGAUUUCGCGAAAUGCUCGCAUUGCGCGGAGGGCGAUUGACGAUUCGUUGUGGCAUGCACGCAUACUCGAAGUCCAUCUUGACAGCACUAUACGCGCAAUCAGGCGGCACGCGAAAAACAAGGGCAACAAGAGGGCCCAUGUCGACAUGAGUGUCGAGGAGGAAACUGCAGCGAAGGACAGCUUCCUCGCCAAGCAUGGGCCACCGAGCUUGGAGUUUCCAUAUCAUCGCGACGAGUACUAUAUGCUGCACGUUGCUGACAUCUCCUAG